AUGGCUAUAUAUAGUGGAUCUCAAGAGGAGACACCGGGCUGUGGUGUGGGCUCGUGUCGGCCCAAAUGGAUUCAGCGAUGGGCCACACCUAAUACGUUUGUGUUCAUAUUUGGCUUGAUAAGCAUAUUACAGGGCGCCUCCUAUGUAUAUAUGAUGGCUUCCGUCACGACCCUCGAGAGGCGGUACGCCUUCGGGAGUCUCAUGUCUGGUAUUAUACUAAUCGGCGAUAAUAUAAGUGAAAUGACAUCCUUUCCCAUCUUUGGAUACCUGGCUAAUCGCGUACAUCGACCGCGAUUAAUAGCCUGUAGUCAGAUAGUGGUAGCCAUCGGGUGCUACAUCGCAGCUCUGCCCUAUUUUAUAUACGGCCCGGGAGUUCACCUCCUGGGCUCAACCUUAGAGGACACGGGUUGUGAGCAAAAUAGCGGCUCUAAUAUGGCUACCGUUGCCUUCAUUUGUCUCUUUAUGUCUAUGUUUAUGAAUGGCUUCGGUUCGGCCGCCUGUUAUACUAUUGGCUUCCCUUUCAUUGAUGAUAACGUUCCCAAGAAAAGUUCACCAAUGUACUUAAGUAUUUCGACAAAGGAUCCUCGAUGGGUAGGUGCUUGGUGGAUUGGGUUUGUCGUAAUAGCAACGGCUAUCCUUUUGGUGAGCCUACCAUUAUUCAUGUUCCCCAAUGAGUUUCAAUCCAAAUCCAAAGCAUCGGAAAAUAUAGCAAAUAAUAGGAAAGCCAUUCGUAAACAGAAGUCUAGUUUAGACCUAACAUUGAGAGCCCGUUUAUUGCGUUUAGCAAAGAACCCUGUUUAUAUAAGUAUAACGGUUGGGGUGACCCUGCGUUUGCUGGGAGGGUUAGGGUAUAUGACAUUCAAACCCAAAUACAUUGAAUCUCAAUAUAAAAAGUCUGCGUCUGAAGCUAAUCUAUUUUCCGGGAUCGUGGGUGUAGUACCAUCAGUAAUAGGAUUAUUUAUUGGUGGCGCCUAUAUAACGUACUUAAAACCAGGUGCCAAAACACUAGCUAUAGUUGUGACAGUUGUGGAAGUAUUGGGCAACACCGGUAUGUUUUCGGCUAUAUUCCUGGGCUGCCCGGCCUCGCACUUCGCAGACCUUCCGCCUACUAAUGAGAAGUGA